AAAAACUCCAACUCGGCGCGUGCGGCUCUCCCCACACUGGGCCCGACGGGUCGCGCUCUCCCGGCCGCCCACCCGCCCCAUGGACUCCUCGGACGUCUCGCUGGCCAUCCGCCGGGCCCGGCGGAACAACGCCAAGAAUCUGGACUUGAGCCGCCGUGGGCUGAAGACCUGGCCCGUGGAGCUCUUCAACUUGCGGCAGUUGGAGUCCUUGGAUGUGAGUGGCAACGAGCUGAGUUCGGUGGAUCCCAACUUGACGCAGCUGGAAGCCUUGGAAGAAUUGGACCUUUCAGGCAACAAGUUGGAGUCCUUGCCCUCGCAGGUGGUCGCCACGUUGCGGAGCCUUCGCUCGUUGGUCCUGGACGGGAAUCCCUGUGCAGCUGCGCUCUCUCCUGCACAGCUGAGGCAACUGGCGCGGCCGGGGCGUGUCCCAGGGCAAACGCCGGCACAGGUCAUCUCCGGCUACUUGAACCCAUCACCGGCGCCGCCGGCGCACGAUGCGCGCCCCACGCCCAGCUUCACCGGCGCCUCGCCCAGCUUCGUCGCCGACUUCGAGGACGAUGCGCCGCUGCCCUCGCCUCCGCCGCCGCCACAGGACCGGAACACGGAGGCGCAGCAUGUCAGUGCCCAAAGUCGGAAACAAGAGGUGCAGCAGCUGCGGGCACGCGUGGCCGAACUCGAGCGUGCCGCUGUGUCCACGGAUGGUUCCGCGCUUCGUGCGACCGAAGGAGCCGCCUCAGGCAAACCUUCCUGGCUCUCGGAUCGCGGUAGCCUUGCGGCCACCUUGCCGUCACGGCGCGGCUUGGGGGCCCUGAACCAAGAAGAUGAGGCGGGCGACUUGCGGAAUCAGCUCAAGGAGGAGCAGCGGAGGAGUAAACGCCUCGAGCAGCAAGUGCAACGGCUGACCGACCGGCUGAGCGAGCAGAGCAUGACCGGCUCCUCGAAGGGUUCGCUGCCGCACUUCGAAAUGGCGGAGGUGCAGUUGGGUGAGAUCCUGAACCAAGGCGGUUUCAGUGUGGUCCACAAGGGCAGCUGGCACGGCACCAAGGUGGCGGUGAAGAAGCUCUUUGACCCGAACAUCAGCCAUGAGCUCCUGGCCGAGUUCGACAACGAGGUGCAGAAGCUCGAGAUGCUGAGGCAUCCCAAUAUCCUCAUGCCCUUGGCCUUGCAUCGGAAGCCACCGGCCUUGUGUUUGAUCAUGGAACUGGUGGAUGGAGGCUCCUACUUCCAGCUGCUGCAUGCGCCACACCAAUUCGCGUCAGCCUCAGGGCCACUCUCCUUGGGCUUUCAAGAGCAUCUGAACAUCCUCGAUCCUUCUGCCACGGCCUUGGCCUUCCUCCAUGCACGGGGCAUCGCGCAUCGGGACAUCAAGUCCCACAACGUCUUGCUCUCCCCGCACCUCGAGGUCAAGCUGUGCGACUUUGGGCUUUCGCGGCUGAAGUCGGAGCUAAUGACGGGCGCACUGCAGUUUGCUGGGACACCCAGCUACAUGGCGCCCGAAGUCUUCCGCAACGCCAAGUACACGGAGAGCGUGGACGUGUUUGCCUUCGGGACGUUGCUAUGGGAAGCCAUGUCUCAUGACAUCCCGUUCGCGAACUUAGAUCCCGCAGACAUCCGCGACCGCGUGAUCGAAGGCCAAAUGCUGGAGAUGCCCUCGACAUGCCCCAGGGAGAUGCAGCAACUCAUUCGAAGCUGCUGGACCUUGGACUACAAGGUUCGGGUGGCCAUGCCGGAGGUCUUGAAGCAGCUGAGGGCCAUGAAGGAGAGCUGCCGCCGCCCCAAGACUGCGACCGGCGUGCGCCCACCGCCACCGCCCCGGCACAGUGUGCAACUGCGAUGGUGAUUGGUGUUUCGGCGAGUUCUUGAAGCCGGAAUUAAUUGAAAAGCUGGGCGCACACCUUCCUUCUUUAUUGUUUGCCCGCAGCCUGUUCAGCCCCUGCUGCGCGAAACAAGCCUUGAGCAACCCAGUUGGUUGCUUGUCAGUUCGCGGUUGCGCUCGAUUUUCUCAGUGUAGCUUGCCUGGUGGGACUCGGGGAAGAGAGAAGAAGUCAGCAGCAAGUCCAUUUGGUUAGUGAAGAAUCAAUGGAUCAGUUCCCUUGUCACCUUUUCACACACACUCUCUCUCUCUCUCUCUCCUGACUGAUCAGCAUUUUGCCAGAUUUUGCCUAAUGCGUUUGCCACGCAGCGGUCGCGCCAUGAAGACCAUGGCGUGCUCCACAGCGGACUUCGACCUUUUCUUAGCUGGAUGAAAACUGUGACGAUCCUGUGACGG